CACAGCUCAGCCACUUUCACCCUCCUUUUUCUCCCCUCUUAACAAAACAUCACACAGCAGCUUCCCUCCUCCCGCCAUGGCUACUCACGAAUUCCAGAGGAGAAACUCAAUCUCUCAACUACCCAGAAGCGCUAUUACUUGUAGCUUUGAUCUUGUUCUGUAUCUAAGUAUCAACCGAGCUGUGCAGAGUCAGAAAGUCGUCUCAUCGGAGGAUGCUCGGAACUGGAAGGCGAUGAGGCGGGGCCACUUGUUCAUCUCCAGAAACAGUGAAAUGGUCAGAAAAAUCUUGCAAUUUCCCUGUGACAACAGAAUGCUGAAGCUCCUCCCAGUUCUCUGGACACCAGACGCCAUGCCUCUGAGGCUGCAACAUUAAUUGGACUAAGUUUUGCCCCCUUCAAAGCUCUUGGUUCUCGGUACAAACUGCCAACAUUAUGCUACAGCAGCAGUUCAAAGAACCCACGGAGACCAAUAAAUGAAACCAUUCUUGCUGCUGCGAGCAUCGAUGCUUCAAUCGAAGUCAGACGUGUCGAAGCUUCAAGAGUG